AUGAAGAUUAUAUAUGCAACUAUAUUCUUCUUUUAUCACUAUGCACUCUAUUUUGCAUUCUCUUUUUUACACAUCUUUAAUUUCGCAUGGAAACUUUUGUUAUCCAUAAAAUCAACUGUAACAAAUAGAGUACCAGUUGAAGAUAGAAAGAGAGUAGUUAUUGUUGGUGGUGGAUUCUCAGGUAGUAUGGUUGCCCAAAAGCUAGAGAAUGACUUCCAAGUGACUCUUGUCGAUACUAAAGAUUACUUUGAGUUCACUCCUAGCAUUUUAAGAACUAUUGUAGAACCGACUCACAUUAGAAGUAUUCAAGUGCUACACUCUCACUACCUGAAGCAUACAAACGUUGUUCAGAAGGAGGUGAUUGGUGUACACCCAAGAGAAGUCGUAACCGACGACCGUACCAUUCCCUUUGAUUAUUUGGUGAUCAACUCUGGCAGUAGCUACAACUCGCCGUUCAAGGAGUCAUCGGUGGUGGCAUCGGCGCGUGCCAACACACUGCGUGAGAACUACUAUCACAUUAGAAAACUCAAAAAGAUAUUGAUCAUCGGUGGUGGUAUCGUCGGAGUGGAGCUUGCCGCCGAGAUUGUCAGCCACUUUAAGGGCAAGGAGGUCACUCUGAUCCAUUCACAAUCAAAGUUGAUGAAUCGUUUCCCAAAGAAGGCUAUUAAGUACUCCGAACAGUAUCUAGUCGAUCAUGGUGUGCGAAUUGUACACAACGAGCGUGUCAUUGCUCACAAGGGCAAUAUCUUUAUCACCGAUCAAGGCAGUGAGAUCAUUGCCGACCAGGCAUUCUUGUGUACCGGUAUCGUACCGAAUUCCGACAUGAUGAAAGCCAGCUUCCCCGAUGUAAUCUCAGAGUUUGGUUACAUAAAGAGCAAUGAAUAUCUUCAGAUGGCUGGAACCACCUUCUAUCGUAAUAUAUAUGUUUCCGGUGAUGUUCUCAAUGUACGUGAAGAAAAGUUGGCACAGACAGCCGAGAAUACAGCGGAUAUAGUCGUCAACAAUAUUUAUGCAAUGGAAGCACGAAAAGAAUCAUCCAUGAAACAGUAUAAAUCGUUCUCAAAGCCAAUCCUGAUUAGUUUAGGAAAAUAUUGUGCCAUCUUUGUUUACAAAGAUUGGGUUUUCACCGGUUUCAUACCUGCUCUUUUGAAAGAGGCAGUCGAAUGGAAAACAAUGAUUAGAUAUUGGUAA